CUCUGCUUAACAACAGUAACGUCACAGGGACUAUACAGGAGAGUUUUGUUGGAAGUUAGAAAGUUUUGCAGCCUCCAGAGGGCUGUAGCGGCAGUAGCAGAAGCAGCAUCCAAGGGACUCCUGGAAGGGGAAGAGAGAGAGCGAGCGAGCGACUGACUCAGUCCUGCUGCAGAAAACUGACUCGAGACGACGGAGGCAGACAUGGAACAUCAGCUGCUGUGCUGCGAGGUGGAGACCAUCCGACGAGCCUACCUAGAUGCCAACCUCCUCAAUGACAGGGUGCUGCAGACAAUGCUGAAGGCGGAGGAGACCUGCUCGCCCUCCGUCUCCUACUUCAAGUGCGUGCAGAAAGAAAUCUUGCCAUAUAUGAGGAAAAUAGUUGCCACUUGGAUGUUGGAGGUUUGCGAGGAGCAGAAGUGCGAAGAGGAAGUUUUCCCCUUGGCUAUGAAUUAUUUCUACAGAUUUUUGUCGUUUGAACCCCUCAAGAAAAGCCGAUUGCAAUUGCUCGGAGCUACCUGCAUGUUUGUGGCUUCAAAAAUGAAGGAAACUAUUCCUCUGACCGCAGAAAAACUGUGCAUUUAUACAGAUAACUCCAUUAGACCCGACGAAUUACUGCAAAUGGAGCUGCUUCUGGUGAAUAAGCUGAAAUGGAAUCUGGCUGCAAUGACCCCCCACGAUUUCAUUGAACAUUUCCUUACUAAAAUGCCUCUGGCAGAGGACACCAAGCAGAUCAUCCGUAAACAUGCUCAGACUUUUGUGGCUCUGUGCGCUACAGAUAUUAAAUUUAUUUCAAACCCACCUUCCAUGAUCGCAGCUGGCAGUGUGGUAGCAGCUGUGCAAGGCCUGCAUCUGGGGAACACUAACACUUUCCUCUCCUAUCAAUGCCUCACACAUUUCCUAUCACAAGUUAUCAAAUGUGAUCCGGAUUGUUUACGAGCCUGCCAAGAACAGAUUGAAUCCCUCCUUGAAUCCAGUCUACGUCAGGCACAGCAGCACAACGUAUCUUCAGAAACAAAGACUGUAGAGGAUGAAGCAGACCUUUCCUGCACACCUACUGAUGUGCGAGAUGUGAACAUUUAAGAGGACUUCUUCUAAUGGGUUUGCUUGGCGAGAAAAGCAGACAAAGAAAGGGCAUCUGAGAAGGAAUCAGCAUCAGGAUCUCCCCCCCAGAAACCCUUUUCUCCAGGACAUUUUUAUACCAGAAGGGAAAACCAGUCUUGUUAUAUUUUUUUCUUGCUCUGUCUCCCUUCCAUCUGUGACUUCAAACAAACAAAUAAACAAAAAAUACCCCAAAAACUGUCUUAAAAAAAGAAAAAAAUAGUAUUUGCAUUACCCCCAGGGGUUUGUGCUACAAAAAUAGAGGAUUUUAUACAAUAAUAAUCAACUAGUUUUUAUAUUAAAGUGUUCUUGUCUGUAUGUUGUAAAAAUAGGCAUUAACACACGAAAUGUCUCCAGGGGAGGUAUUAGAUUUCUUACAUAUAAAACAAACAAACAAACCAACCAUUUUUAAAGUAGAAGAGGGUUUUUUUUUUUUAGAUAGUAAAUGAAAUAUUCUUUUUUUUUCUUUAAAAAGCAUAGCUUUAACGCAGUUCUAGGCUUUUCUGUAUCUUGCUUGCUUAUGCAUUUAGUCACUUUAUAAUUCAUCUGUAAAUGUUUAUUUUAUUUCCUUAGGUUUUUUUUAUCCUCUUCACCUUAUAAAUGGUUAACGUAACCCAUAAGUUAGCGUAUGUUAGUAUGCAGCAUUAUUAUAUGUUAAUCUUUUUUUGUGCCUGUGGAUUGCCUGUGCAUAAGGCAUUUGUAGGGUUCCAGCUUAGCAUUGUUGGGAAAGGCCAAUGUACUACUCAUACGAUACUCUAUUAUAAAGAGAAACCGAAAUAGUGACAUAAUAUAUUAUAUUUUUGUAAUCUUCAUAUUUUUGUAGUUACCUGUGUAAAAUGCUGGUCUGACCCCACAGAUAUUCAGCCUAAUUAUGGUCAGGUUCAAUCCACAGUUUAGUCUUUUUUUUUUUGUUUGUUUGUAAUAUUCUAAAACCAUUCCAUUCAAAGCACUUUCAGUCCAUUAGAUAUAGGAAAUACAUUCUUUUAUUGUGUGGGAAUUUUUUUUUAAUGGAAUGGUUUGGAAAUAUAUAAGUGCUUGUUCGCAAACUUGGAAUUGCAAAGCAAGUGCAUUUAACUAUGGUGUUAGAGGAGAGGUGAUUUUUUUUUUCCGAAGGUUGUGUUCCAGUGAGAGAAAUUGCAUUCACAAAUUGCCGGGAUAUCUUCCUAUCCUUUUCUAUAGAAAAGUUGAAGUUUAGAAAUCCUUUGGUGCCAACUCAUCGUUAUAAAUUAGGGGCCUUAAAGGUUCACAUAUAGGACACAUAGUUUAAGGAUUGUCGCUAGAUGUUUUACAGCUGAAGGUUUUUAAACACUAAAAUAUAUAAAAAAGAAUAUUUAUUGCAGAGGAUGUUCGUAAGGCCAGUAUGAUUUGUAAAAUAAUGCAAUCGCCCCUUUUUAAAAAAAUCUUUCUACCCUUGAUGUUGCAGUUUUAACACAGCUUAUUAAAGAAAAAAGGACACGCUUCAAAGAACAAACCCCAAACAAAGCAGUCUAUUUGGCCCCUUCCUAUACAUUUUUCAAAAGCAGUCUAACCAUGAAAACGCCAUAGUUAAUAGAUAUGAAAAUUGGAGUACUUGAAAGAAGUUCUUAUUCCAGUGUAUGCCCCAUUUUUUUAUUUAGCUACAAAUAGAAAAUUUGCACAUCUUGGCUUUGUUUCUUUUUAUUAUUAUUUUAGAAAGUAGCUGAAGGGACGUGGACAUAGCUGUUGAAGUUGAUGCUCGAGGAGAAUGUGAUGGUGAAAUGCAGGUGAGAUGAGCUGCUAAUAAAUUCCCAGCAUGGUUUGAAAAAAAAAAAAAAAGAGAAAA